AUGGAAGACAACGGCCGGGGUGAAAGUUUGUGCAAAGUUUGCGGUGAUAAAGCGUCCGGAAAGCAUUAUGGAGUCCCGAGUUGCGACGGAUGUCGCGGCUUCUUCAAGCGGUCGAUCCGCAGGUAUGCAAGAAACCUCGAUUACGUUUGCAAGGAGAACGGGCGUUGUAUCGUGGACGUUUCUCGUCGUAAUCAAUGCCAGGCAUGUCGAUUUACCAAGUGCCUUCAGGUCAACAUGAAACGAGAUGCGGUGCAACACGAAAGAGCUCCACGAAAUACAUCGUCCCUGGUUGCAGCCGCAAGGAGAGGUCCCUCGGGAUUAUAUCCUGGAAUUCCACACGUUUAUCACGCAGCGAGCAACCCUUACCAUCCCCUUCUGUACCCUGCGCUGUUCCCUUUCAAGCCGACCAUGUCGGCUUUCACUCCGUCGGUCGCACAUUUUUUACCCCGUUCACCGACAACGGAAUCGUUGACAGUGAACGCUGCGAAAGAGGACGAAGUGACAAGUUCGGAGGAAGCUGGAUCGAUCGACGCUAGAAUCGAACCGAAGGAGGAGUUGGCAAGCGCUCGAUUAACACCGUCCAUCGCUAAUUCUGGAUCGACGGAAUACAACAUCUCCAGCUUCUCCAUCCUGCCCACGGAAAAUAUCUACGAAUUCGCCGCGAAAUUGCUCUUCUUUGCUGUCAGAUGGGCAAGAAGUAUCCAUUCCUUUUUGCAACUGCCCUACAGAGACCAGACUAUUCUACUGGAAGAAUCUUGGAGCGAGCUUUUCGUGCUCACAGCCGCGCAAUGGAAUUUCCCCGUGGAAGAGGCCACUCUGGUACCGAACGAUUUAUCAUCCGAAAGAAAGGAAACGCUGGUCGACGAGGCGAGGAAAUUGAGGGAAUUAUUGGGAAAAUGCGCUCUCCUCAGGGUCGAUCAUUCGGAAUACGCUUGCCUCAAGGCUAUAGUUCUUUUCAAAGGGGAGUCGCGAGGGCUCUGCGAACCGGGACGAAUAACGGCGUUACAGGAGCAGACGGUAGCCGUGUUUUGCGAAAGGGAUGCGCGAAGAGUUGGACGACUUUUACUGCUGUUACCCUCUGCGCGAGCACUCUGCCGGUCAACCCUUCAGGAAUUGCUGUUCAAACCGACAGUAGGGGAUGUUAGCGUGGAACGAUUGUUGGGCGACAUGGUCAGCGCUCUCAGACCGACAUAA